UCAGGUGAAUGGGUCACUGAGGGAGGAGGUGGCCACACCACACCCUCUGCCAGCGUCCACCUCCUUCCUUCUGUUCCCUCUGAGAGAGGCGGCAGGACUCGCCAGAGAACCGGCUGCAGCGCGCAGGGGCCGGCGCAGGGCGCAGCAGAUUGGCUUAUCUUGGGAGGCACCAGGCAUUGCUCAGCUGGAAGAUCAGGUGACCAUUGACAUCAGCCAUGUCCUCAAGGCCUUUUGAAAGUCCACCUCCUUACAGACCUGAUGAAUUCAAACCCAGUCAUUAUGCUCCAAGCAAUGACAUAUAUGGUGGAGAGAUGCAUGUUCGACCAAUGCUCUCUCAGCCGGCAUAUUCUUUCUACCCAGAGGAUGAAAUUCUUCACUUCUACAAAUGGACCUCUCCUCCAGGAGUAAUUCGGAUUCUGUCUAUGCUCAUCAUUGUCAUGUGCAUUGCCAUAUUUGCUUGUGUUGCCUCGACACUUGCCUGGGAUAGAGGCUAUGGAACUGGCAUACUAGGAGGUAGUAUAGGCUACCCUUAUGGAAGUGGCUUUGGUAGCUACGGAAGUGGCUAUGGCUAUGGUUAUGGCUAUGGUUAUGGCUAUGGAGGAAGUUAUACAGAUCCCAGAGCAGCCAAGGGCUUCCUGCUGACCAUGGCUGCCUUUUGUUUUAUUGCUGCAUUAGUAAUAUUUGUUACCAGCGUUAUAAGAUCGGAAAUAUCUAGAACAAGAAGAUACUACUUAACGGUGAUAAUCAUGAGUGCUAUCCUGGGCAUCAUGGUGUUUAUUGCCACAAUUGUCUAUAUAAUGGGAGUCAACCCAACUGCCCAAGCUUCCGGAUCUAUGUACAGCUCACAAAUAUAUGCCCUCUGCAACCAAUUCUACGCAACUACACCUACAGGACUCUAUGUGGAUCAGUAUUUGUAUCACUACUGUGUGGUGGAUCCCCAGGAGGCCAUUGCCAUUGUAUUGGGGUUCAUGGUUAUUGUGGCUUUUGCUUUAAUAAUUUUCUUUGCUGUACGAACCCGAGGAAAGAUGGACCGCUAUGACAAGUCAAAUAUUUUGUGGGACAAGGAACAUCAUUAUGAUGAACAGCCUCCUGAUGUUGAAGAGUGGAUUAAAAACGUGUCUGCAGGCACUCAAGACAUGCCUCCUCCCCCAUCUGACUAUGUGGAAAGAGUGGACGGUUCUUUUGCAUACUCUGUCAAUGGCAAAAUGAAUGACAAGCAGUUGUAUCCAGAGUCUUCCUAUAAAUCAACACCGGUCCCUGAAGUGGUUCAGGAGCUUCCAGUGACUUCACCUGUGAAUGACAUCAGGCAGCCUCGGCAGAGCAGCAGCAGUAACUUUGAGACACCUUCAAAAAGGUCUGCCACAAAGGGAAGAGCUGGAAGGUCAAGGAGAACAGAACAAGACUACUAUGAGACAGACUACACAACUGGUGGCGAGUCUUGUGAUGAGCUGGAGGAGAACUGGAUCAGGGAAUACCCACCUAUCACUUCAGAUCAACAAAGACAACUCUACAAGAGAAACUUUGACACUGAUCUGCAGGAAUACAAGAGCUUACAAGCAGAACUUGAUGAGGUCAAUAAAGAACUCUCUCGUCUGGAUAAAGAGUUGGAUGACUAUAGAGAAGAAAGUGAAGAGUACAUGGCUGCUGCUGAUGAAUACAAUAGGCUGAAGCAAGUAAAGGGAUCUGCAGAUUACAAAAGUAAGAAGAAUUAUUGCAAGCAGUUGAAGAGCAAGUUGUCACACAUUAAGAAGAUGGUUGGAGAUUAUGAUAAACGGAAAACAUAGAAGGCAGAUACCACAUUGAGAGAUUAAGAAGUAUCUGAUAUCUUUGCAGUGUUGUCAGAAGGCAGCGUGACUUCGGACUCUGACUUGGGAGACCAAAUCUUUGUGAUCAUUACAAAGUUUUGGUAGCUUUAAUAUCGACAGUUCAAUAUCAUCAGUAUUGAAGCAUUUUAUAAAUAGCUUUUGAUAAUCAGCUGGGCUGAACACUCCAGUUAAGGACUUUAUGCAAUAAGUAGUUAAAUGGUUCUUGCAUUAAGAACUAACUAUUGGGCCUCCCCUGUGGCACAGCAGUUGAGCCUGGGCUGCGAAGCUGCCUGUAGCCUUUGCAGCGCUGGUUCAAUCCCCAGCUGCCAGGCAAGGGUCCCACAUGGCGCGCAGACCUCUCCUGCCGCCCGCUGCUCCCCUCAGCAGUGUAUUUCUUCAUCAAUCUGUCUGUUCUGUUCCCCGCUCUGGCUCUGGUGAAUUCUCUCACCCUCUUGUGCUUCUGACUGUACCCAAUGCUUGUAUAAAUAAAUAAAAUAAAAUCUUUAAAAAAAAAAAAAAGGGUAAAGGACCCAAGUAGACAUUCAAAAAAAAAAAAAAAGAACUAACUAUUGUUUGAGAUUUUGAAACAUUUAAGGAAGGUCCUGGAGUAAACUGUAAACCGUGCGGUGAACUUUCACACCUUAUGUAAGUCAUAGCUUCGUGUUUGUUAGUUCAGAUGGGUGAUCUCCUUUAAUCCUCCCAGAAUCCUCCCUUCAGAUAACUGUAACUUAUAAUAAUUCCUUUUCAAAUAGGGAAACUGGGUCCCUUCAGUGACGUCUCUGAAGUGAAACUGCUUGCUUCCUUGGUUACAGUUUUGGUUAAGUAUGUUUUAUGACUCCGUUAAUAGCCCCUGGCCUUUCUGAUUUUAGCUACUAAGGAUAUUGCAUUCUACCAAUCUCCUUAUUGAUUUUUGUGUACAAAAAUUGUUAAAAGAACUUUUUACUGUUUUAUGCAAUCCUGUAAAAGAAACAAAUCAUGUAAAAGCAACAAAUAUGUGAAAUUUAAAGACUGUAAAUACAUACCUUUUUAAAAUCAAAGUUUAAACCUGGUUAGAAUUUUGUUGUAUAUUUUAAAUACUUUUUAUCCUCUGUGGUUUACAUGUAUUUUUUUAACCAGCUAGUCUUUUUCAUUACAUCAGAGUAUCCUAUUACAUUUAUAAUCUGAUUGUGACUUGAAUGUUUAAGCUCUGUACAUAUUUCACUAUAAGGCAUUAAAACUGGUGUUUUCUUUCUACAGUAUACCUGUUUGAUGUCAUUAGUGCUAUUUAAUACUAAAUAAUGGGAAACUACAUCCAGCAGUAGUAUCUGUUAUUGUUUUAAUCUAUUUUGGGUGCUGUGUUGGUUGGUAGUUUCACAAUCCUUUGGUUAUAAGAAGUGUGAUUUGUUCUGGAAAUAGAAUGCAAUACCAUAAAAUACCAGAUUAUUUCAAAUGGUGUCCUUAUUCUCAGUAUUUAAAAAAAAGAUUUUAUUAGUAAAGAAAAUUAGCUGGUAAUACUGGGCAUAUAGCUAACCAAGUUUAUUAUGACUACCACUGCCCCUAUUUAGAAUUCUUUUGAGAAUUUU